AUGCCUUCCGCUGUGAAUCAGAACGGUCCUCAGCCUGUCAAAAGCGGCAAGACCAGCGACCCGGACUUCAAUGUUUGCGGUCCGCUCUUCGCCGCCGCCCAAAAGGGCGAACUCGACAAGAUCAAAGAGAUCCUGGAUAAGGAUCCCAAAAAGAUUGACGAGCAAUGCGAGAAGCAUGACAAGUACACUCCGGUGAUUGUGGCCGCCGUCUCCGGCAAACUCGAAGCCGUGCAGUUGCUAUGCAAGCGAGGCGCAAAUGUCAAUCUCCGCGACAGUAACAGCUACACCAUCAUCAAGCUUACACUGGACAAAGGGUACAAAGACAUUGCCAAUUGGCUUGUCGAUGCCUACCCGGAAAUGAUCAUCACCGAUCCCCGUCUACCCAAGGGCGAGGAAUGGCUGAAAGCCCAGUUCGCAAAGAUGUCGAACAACAUCGAAGACCCUGCCAGCAAGCCUCCCCAAACGGUGUUGGAUAACCUUAUCUCGGGCAACUUGAAGCCAGAUACCGAUCGGACCGUUUCGGAGGUCUACUGGGAACAUAUCCUCCUCCGGUAUAUCGGUGAUAUCCCGAAGGAUAUUGAACGAAACUACUCCAAGAAACUGAAGAUGGCUUUUUGCGGCACCUUCGAUCGCACCUUGCAGGGUCAUGCUGGCAUCAAGGAGUCUGCUAGAUUGCUGAAUAGUGUCUUGCCCACUACCCAGUAUAAUAUCACUGGUACCCAUGUUGCUCCGAAGGGUCAGUGGGUGACGGAGCGUUGGGAGUAUCAUGAUUAUGAGAAUAAUCUGCAGGUUCUGGAUGGGGUUGAUACUUUCUUGAUUAAUGAGGACAAGGGGAAAAUUGAGGUCAUGUUGAUCAAUUAUAAUGUGUAUGAGUUGAAGUGGAUUGAUGAUCCGGAACGACCAGUGAAGAAGGCCCAUAACUGGACGCCAGUCUGA